GGCGGUGAAGCGGCGGAGAUGUGCUCGGCGAGUAGGAGCUGGGGCCGGCGGGCGCGGGCCCUGCUAUGCUGCGUCCUGCUGUCGGCAUGGGAAGCGGCGUGGGGGCAACUGCGCUAUUCGGUGCCCGAGGAGAUGCCCAAGGGCUCUUUCGUGGGUGACGUGGUCAAAGACCUGGGGCUGCAGAUGACAGGAAUCCGGGAGAGUGGCAUCCGCAUCUUGGAGAAAGGUAGGACGCAGUAUUUCUCUCUGCACGGGAAGACGGGACAUUUGGUGACGGCGGAGAGGAUAGACAGAGAGCAGCUGUGCCGGCUGCUGGAGAAAUGCGUGCUGCGGUGUGAGCUCAUAGCGGAGGAGCAAAUGCAGGUGUACGGAGUCGAAGUGGAGAUCACAGACAUUAACGACAAUGCGCCCAGCUUCAAGGAUGUUGUUAUGGAGGAGAAAAUAAGCGAGAUGACAGCCCCUGGGUCACGAUUUCCUCUGGCCGAGGCUCAUGACCCAGACUCAGGACAGAAUUCCCUCCUGAGCUACGAGCUGAGCGGUGACGAGCACUUCUCACUGACUGUGCAGGCGGGUCCCGGUGGUGAUCUACGACCUGAGUUGGUGCUGGCCAAGGCACUGGACCGGGAAAAGGCUGCAUUUCACGAGCUGGUGCUAAAGGCACAGGAUGGUGGAGAGCCAUCGCGGACAGGCACAGCACGGAUCCGCGUGUCUGUGCUGGAUGCAAACGACAAUGCACCAGUGUUCAGUCCCGCAGAAUACACGGUGCGUGUGCCCGAGGACGUGCCCGUGGGUUCCACUCUCGUCACCGUCACGGCAACGGACCCUGACGAGGGAAUGAACGGGCAUGUGAAAUACUCACUGCAGAAAGCAACACACAUGGCCCCAGAGAUUUUCAAACUGAACUCUGACACUGGUGUGAUCACACUAGUGCAGAAAUUGGACUUCGAGGAAGGUUACUCGUAUGAACUGGAGGUGCAGGCACGGGACGGUGGCGGCCUUUCUGACAAAGCUAUAGUCAUGAUCGCAGUGACAGAUGAGAACGACAACACACCCGAACUGAUUAUCUCCUCGGCCUUGAACGAGAUUUCUGAGGAUGCCCCGUCGGGAACAGUGGUAGCCCUGCUGCACGUGCAGGACCGGGACUCAGGAGCCAACGGCCAGGUGCGGUGCUCUCUGGAUGCAGGCGUCCCUUUUCGUCUGGAGAAGUCUCUUGAGGACUAUUACCGCGUGGUGACAACAAAGGAGCUGGACCGGGAGGAGGUGUCGGAGUACAACGUGACAGUAAGGGCGGCCGACGGCGGGUCGCCGUCUCUGUGGAGCAGCACGGUGCUGAACCUCAGGGUGCUGGACGUGAACGACAACGCGCCGGUGUUCAGCGAGGCGAGCUACAGCGCCCGGCUGCCCGAGAACAACGCGGCGGGCGCGCUGGUGCUGACGGUGCGGGCGCGGGACGCGGACUGGGGUCAGAACGCGCGCGUGCGGUACCGUCUGGGCGAGGGGCGGGUGCGUGGCGCGGCGCUGUCGUCGUACGUGUCGGUGCAGGCGGAGACGGGCGCGCUGUACGCGCUGCGCUCCUUCGACUACGAGGAGGUGCGCGAGGUGGGGCUGUGGGUGCUGGCGGAGGACGGCGGCUCGCCGGCGCUGAGCAGCAACGUGUCGGUGCGGAUCGUGAUCGUGGACGAGAACGACAACGCCCCGCAGGUGCUGUACCCGCCGGCGGCGGGCGUGUCCGGGGCCGGUGUCCGUGGCUGGUCGGGGGUGGAGCUGGCGCCGCGGUCGUCGGAGCCCGGGGCGCUGGUGGCCAAGGUGGUGGCGGUGGACGCGGACGCGGGGCAGAACGCGUGGCUGUCGUACGAGCUGGCCAAGGCGACGGAGCCGGGGCUGUUCCGCGUCGGGCUGCACAGCGGCGAGGUGCGCACUGCGCGCUUCCCGCUGGCCCGCGACGCUGCCCGGCAGAGCCUGGUGGUGCUGGUGAAGGACCACGGCCGGCCGGCGCUGUCGGCCACGGCCACGCUGACCGUGGUGCUGGCCGAGAGCGUGGCCGAGCUGCUGGCCGAGCUGGGCAGCGAGGCAGCGGCGGCGGUGCCGGGCGAGGCGGCGGGCAGCCUGACGCGCUGGCUGGUGCUGGCCGUGGCGGCCGUCUCCUGCCUCUUCCUCGCCUUCCUGCUGCUGCUGCUGGUACUGCGCCUGCGGCGGUGGCGCCGCUCGCAGCUGCCUCCUCCUGCGGGCGGUGCCUUGCGCGGCGUGCCGGCCACGCACUUCGUGGGCAUCGACGGCGUCCGCGCCUUCCUGAGCUCCUACUCACACGAGGUGUCUCUCACUGCCGACUCACGCAAGAGCCAUCUCCGCUUGUCGCCCGGCAGCUGCUGCGACACCCUCCCUGCCUGCCCACCGCCCGUUGAGCCCACCAUUCUGUUCGGGGAGGACCCUGCUAACGGCUGUCCACAUGACCCUAAUGCUGCCCCGCAAGACGACCUGAAGCACCUCAUAGCAAAUCUCUCCUAUAAACGCCUUUGGACUUGCUGA